CGUCACAAUCGCCAUUUAAAAUACCCUCCAACUUUCUGCCUUCCACCAACACUUCCACUCCGCAUCUCGACGGUUUUUCCCCUUCGCACUCAUCGGGGUUCACUGUCUUCUCUUCUAUCCUACCCUGUCAAAAACGAGAUCGGCAUUUCACCCAUUGAGCUGAAAUGCCCGCCGCUACUGCCACCAACGGUCGCUCCAGUCGCUCCGGGCCCUCGAAAGGGGUCGUCGUCCUCAAGCUCUCGCCAGACUUGCUAAACCGCUUUGCCAGUCCUCCUCCAGAGGUCAAGGAAAAGAAAAAAAAUGGUUUCAAGGACGACGAGCUCAGUGCCGACUCCUCCGUCAAGGAAAAAGAACCCUCCCCGGCUUCAUUUUCUAUAGAAGCACCUAUCCCGCCGUCCGACAAUGCAUCCGAUGCUGCGUCGACACCUGCCGCGGGCACAUCAGCUGUUGAUACCCCUCGCCGUAAAGGUAUACCUGGUCCCAGGCCUGGAACUAAACGAGGUCUGAACCAGACGAGCGAGACAACCCCUAAGCCAAGAGGAAAGCCUGGUCCGAAGAAGAAGCCUAGACUUGAUGAUGGGUUCUCUGAGCCUGUCAAAAUGGCCACAUCUCAUAGGUUGGGACCCAAAGCCAACACUGGCGCCAUUAAUGCUGGCCUUCGCGCUCUAGAUCGCUCGGGUGCUCCGUGUCGCAAAUGGGAGCGCAAAGCUUUACAGUUGAAGAGCUUUACUGGUAUCCAGUGGCAUCUGCCGACCUGGAGAGCUCCUCGGCCUCAGAAGACCGAAAACAACGGUGAAAUCAAGGAGUCUGUCCUGGAGACCGGUGACAGCGAUAGCAAAGCGAACCAAAGCGCAAGUGGAGUCCCUAGCGAGAAGAGCAACUUGGGUGAUGGAGAUUUAACACCAGCUCCUCCCAAUAUUACGGAGGCAUCUUCGCCUGCCAUUGCUAUGGCCGCAUAGGCUGUUAUCGUGAUUGUCUUGAUUCGCUCAUCACUCUUCGUGUACAUUAUUUUGAUCCUUUUUUUUUUGUUUUCCCGUGGUUUCUGGAGCGUUUAUUCAUGUUACAUAUUUGUAUGGUCUGGAUUGGCGUUGGGACUCUUAUAUUUCGCUCUUAUACUGGGUGAUUUUAUUAUUGUCAUUCCUGGGCACUGGUAUUACUAGCCUUGUCCACUUACUUUCACAUACCUCUAUUUGUUCUUCAAUAAUUCAUUGUUUGUACUUUUAUGAUUGCUGGGUUUGGGGCUUUCCGCAAUAUUUGGUUUUAACACUCACUCCAAGGUCAUAUGAAAGAUAUUUGUUAU